UCUCGAGGCGGGUAAUUCGUAACCACAGGUCUGUGGUUGUAAACGUGUUCGUCCCCCCACUCCCUCAUUUUCAUAUUUACCUCCCUUUGUGUAACUGGAUUUAUUUUUUUUUUUUCCAAUGGAGAUACCUUUAUCUUAUCAGUACACUUUGGACUGAGUUGUAUACAAAUCUAGAUCUAUAUGGUUACGAAAUCAAUGUAGGCCUACCUUUUCGCAAGCUCUACGGCUAUGACAUAAAAAAAAAACAAAAACAACUUGUAAUGUUGAAGAUCUAGCUCAAAAAAGAGUGGCAGCUUUGAGGAGCAGGCCUACUCAACCAAAUCCACAUUUUACAUCAAUACCGAUUAUAAAUUGCCAUAAAUGAUUGGCAUAGUAAAUAUAUAAACUGUGGAUUGUUUCAGUGUCAGCAUAGGACAAAAACGUUCAAUUCGCUGUGAUGGUAUCGAUGGGUUCAACAGGCAAGAGUCUUCCUGUGGACAGAGGAUGGGCCUGGAUGGUGAUGUUGGGCGGUUUUGGCGUCCAUUUCUUUACUUUUGGCUACGUGAAAAGUUUCGGGAUAUUGUUCAUAGAGAUUCAAGAAAAGUUUGGUUCCACAUCUUACAUGACGUCAAUCAUCAGCGGAGUCCAGAGCUGUACCUUCAGCUUAGCAAGUAAAUGAAACCAUCUUGUUUUUACCUAGACAUGUACGCUAGAACAUCAACCACAACUAGAAACUUGCUCGAUAUAUCGGUGGUACUGGAUUCAAACUCUGGUUCAGAAUUGGAAGACAUUAUCGGGAUGUUAUUUAGAGCACUUUUUGUAGUCCAUGUGUUGAUGAAGAAAUUUACAGUACGCACAUUGUGUAUAAUCGGGGUUGUAUUCCAAGGUCUGGGAAUCGCUCUCAGCAGCUUCGUACCUAAUAUCGGCCUUAUGAUAUUGACCCUUGGUGCUUUUUACGGAGUUGGUCAGUCUCUCCUUUACUGCCCAACCAUGGUCAUUAUUAAUCAAUACUUUGACAAAAAACGACCCAUCGCCACAUCCAUUGCAUGUUGCGGCGUCAGCGCUGGAGGAGUGGCCUAUCCCUUCCUCGCCAGGUACUUCAUUGACACCUACGUCCUGAGUGGUGGACUCUUGUUGAUGGCCGGCCUGGCGCUCCAGCAGUGUAUCUGCGUGUCACUCUUCACUCCACCAGAGAGCUACUCCGCGGCCACUGCCAAGAACAGUCUGACUGAAGCAGUGGAAGAAGAGCAGGCCAAACUCAUCGCUUCGAAAGCUGUCUCGGUGAAUGACAGUGUUAAAGUCUCAGGUGAAGGGGAUUUUGAAACAGCGAUACCGCCAGUCGACAAAAAGAACAUGAAUGCAUUUAUUUUUUUAUCUGACAAGGAUCUUGAUUCAGGAAAAUAUGAUGAAUCCACAAAUGAGGCAGCACAAGAAAUAUCCGUCACAUCCAGUUUAAUUUGUAAAGAGAUUGAUUCCUCACAAAAUGCCGAUCAUAACACAAAGAAAUCGUCCAUACCUUCAUUGAAGGAAAGCAACUCGAACCAUCUUAAUUGUGAUAUAAAUUAUGAUACUGAGCGAGAAUUCUACCAAAUAUCAAACAGAGAAUGCAAUGAAACAGAGAACAGGAACAAAAGUCGGAGAUGUAGCUGUAAAAUUCCAGAGCUGGUCAAGAGUUUCAGUUUUUGGCUGGUGGGAAUUUUCUUUGCUGCUGGUGGCAUCUCGUCUGUUCUUUAUUCAAUCUUCUUACCUCCCUUGAUGAAAGAAAAACAUAUGUCGAACCAAGAAGUGUCACUGUGUUUAAUAAUGGCAUCGAUAACAGAGGGUCUAGGUCGAUUUAUUCCAGGUGUAAUUCUGCAGCUUGGGUUUUUUAGACCAACCUCGAUUGUGAUUGGCCCAAUGUUGAUCUGUGCCUUGCUCUUUCAUAUGACACCAUUCAUCAACGAUGUCAUUCUCAUCAUGUGUCUGGCAGCCUCGUGGGGAUUUUUGACAGGAUUCUUUUGGUCACUUCAGAGUUUGGUUGUGAUUGAAGUCUUUGGAUUUGAGCGCCUGGGACCAGCACUUAGUAUAUACAUCAACUUUUUGGGCUUUGGGUCUGGAAUCUCAUAUCCAAUAGCAGGUGCUUUGAGAGAUAUCUUUAGCACAUACUCUGCCACUUAUCAUUAUAUGGGAAUCAUGUACUGGCUAGCAGGGCUGUCUAUGAUCUUAAUACAGUUUUUUAUUAGAGAUAAAAAAGUGAACACCAAGUCCAAGUCAGCAGAAUAAAACUAAGAUUGUGUAAGUAAAGCCUUAGACAUUGUUAUGAAAUCUGGACAAUAUGUGACUAUAUGUAUUCAACAUAUAUUUUUAAAAGUCUUGAUGAAAAAAAAAUGUAAAGCUUUAUAUUGGGCAUUAGUUAUCAUCAUUUCUGGCAUUAUUAAAACUUUUAAUAAAUGAAAAAUUGGAGCUGUUUAAAACUUGAAAUAAAUGUGGACUUUUCAGAAUUACUGGAGGCGCUGUGGCUGAGCGGUAAAGCACUUCGCUUCCAAACCGGGGUCCGGGGUUCAAAUUCUGGUGAAGACUGUGAUUUUUACUUUCUGGAUUUUCGGGCACCUCUGAGUCCACCCAGCUCUAAUGGGUACCUGACAUUAGUUGGGGAAAGUAAAGGCAGUUGGUCAUUGUGGUGGCCACAUGACACACUUGUUAACCGUAGGCCACAGAAACAGAUGACCUUUACAUCAUCUGCCCUAUUGACCACAAGGUCUGAAAGGGGGAACUUUACUUUUUUUUUUUGUCAGAAUUACUGGAUGUCCUAAAAUUAUCAUUUUAAAGCAUUGGAAUACAAAUAAUUCUGAAUAUUAUGAAGCAAUUAAUACUGAUUGCUAUAGCAAGAAAUAAUUAGCACAUGACCACAUAACUCUUUAUUAUUUAUUUAUUGCAACAUAUUUGUAAGCGGUUGUUUAAAUAAUUUAACCAAAGUGCCUUAUUAUUUAUUUUGCCUUUUGGCAUAAUAUACAGAAACAAUGAAUGAAUGUUUUUUUUAAUACAUUUUAAAAAAUAAUUUAUUAAAUGUUUAUAAUUUACAUGGCAUUGACAAUAAAAAUUUUUAUGUUUUUUAUAUUGACACAAAUUGUUAAAUUUAGCUGACUGUAUACCAUUGUACCUAUUUACUUCUUAUGAAUUAAAUUUGAUCUUGUCUUAUUGUUUAGACACAAUUGGAUAAGAAAUUCUUUGUAAUAUUUACAGACAGAUGAGUUUUUUUGUGUCUUUUUUACUGUAGUAGUUUAGAUUUUGGCUUGACUUCUUUGAAAUUAUUUCUCAAUUAAUUUUCAAAUCAAGGUAAUUAUUGUAUCUAGAUAUAGAGCUUUUAAAUUAUCUAAAAACAAAGCAAGCAUUGCCACUUACCCCUUUACAAAAGUACCAUUUUUGAAAAAUUAUGCAUAUUACUUUUCUUACAAUAACUUUGGACAGCGAAAAAGCAUUGGCCUCAGAUCUGGAAGAAAAGCAUGCCGAAUGAAAAGUGGCUGACUCUACUAGCACUGAAGAAAAUGUGACCUUUAUGUGUGAUGCGUGUGGAGGGAAAUGUCUCUCCAGAAUAGGGCUCCACAGUAACAUUAAAAAGUGUUUCACUGGAUAAGUCAUUCUACAACUGAAGGAAGCCAACGAUAACAUUUUAAAGUAGGCCUAUACUUUUCAAAACCUAUCUGCCCAAAUUAAAAAAUUUUAUAUCCAUAAUAAAAACCUGAUAAAGUAAAAGCAUAUAACCUGAUCAAAUAAGUUAUUUAUAUAAAUAUUUCAAUAACAGAGUGCAAGAAAAACAAACAAUUAAUUUAAUUUUUUUAAUUCUACAAUGGUACGAACUGUUGAAUAUGCAUUGAUAUAAAGGUAGACAACUUUCUGAGACAGCAAUAACCUCUUUCCAUAAACACUUAAUAACAUCUAUUUAGUGCAUGGGAGAAAACUAAGGCACAAUAAAGAGACUGGGUGACAGUGCUGUUGUAUGGUAUGUGUGGUAAGUUGUAACGAUAGUCCAGAGUUUGAAUUCCUAUCUUAUCUUAUAUAAUACAGACGGUACUUCAAAAAAGAUUACGUCCUACACCUCAUGCAUUUAGUCAUGCAUAUUAACCAAUGACUUUAAUUCUGCUAAGUCACUGGUUUUCCUGGCUAGCUCAGGCAACCCAUUCCAUGCUCUAAUAGCACUAGGGAAGAAGGAGCAGUUGUACAAAUUUGUCCUAGCAUAUGGAAAAAGGAAUGUGCCUUUAUCAUUGUGUCUUUCUGAGUAUUUUAUUCAUCCAGCUGUGAUCCCCUACUGUCUUUCAGGAGGUCUUAGGAAGUAAUAAUCUUCAGUUCUGAAGGAAUGUCCAAUAAAUGGUAAACAAAAUUAACUUGUAGGUAAUACACACAUUUAAUUUCUUUAGUUUGGUAUUUUUAUAAAAACAUCAAAACAUAAUGUGCUAGAGAUAAUGCAGCACCUUUUACCUUUUUCUACAUACUUAACUGGCGCUCAAGGUUUAAUCAUUUUCUUUUGCAAAUGUACACCAGCCACAAGGCCACAACAAUAACAUAUUGAAGAUAUUUAAUGACAAUCUUUAUUAGUCAAAUAUUGAUUUAUUGUGAUAAUGUAUAAAUUGUAUCAUGUUGGGAUUGUUAUAAAGAGUAUAAAAAUGUAAAUACAAUAAUGCCAUAAAAUGAAAUAAUUAACAGCAACAAAGUUUGUAUGUCGAAUCAACACAAGAAAUAAUGACUACCAAAACUUCCGUCAUGUAGUACAUCCAUAAAUUGCCAUUAACAUUGAAUGAAACAUUUUGUUUAACAUUUGGUGUUCUUUUUUAUUACUACAUUUGAAUAGUAAUUAGUUUGCAGCAGUAAAAGUAAAUCUUUUAUCAUAGACUAAACCCAUAUUUGAUAAUUCAUAUUUACAUUUAAAAUUUUUAUAUGUAUAUUUUUUUUUUUAAAUUUCAUCUGAUUUAGAAUUUAUGACAAAAUGGAUGGUGACUGCUCUGGGUAGGUGCAUUUAUUACUUUCAAACUAACACUGACACCAUAUUUAUCAGAAUACUGAAUUACAGGCACAUUUCUAUGCAAAGUUUCAUUGAAAACAAGCUAUUCAUUACCUGAUAAACUAGUUCUGUCCUUUAACAUUUUGUUUGUUCAUCAUAGUUUUCUUUCUAAAAUUAAAAACAUGUAGCCUAUUUAAAAUCUUUUUCUAUUCGUUCGUUACUACAGUCUACAAAAAACUAAGCCUC